AUGAAUUCUGUGGCUCAGCGGCUGGUAUAUUGCAAGCAUGGAUUGUUUGCUGAUGACAAAUAUAUAUACUCUCACUUCUUUUUCUAUCAGCUGCAUGAUGCUAUCUGGAGGGUCAACUCGGAUGCACAAUCAGUCGCUGACUGGGCAAGAGACCAUGGAUUGGAAAUCAACCUAGCUAAAACAAAGGCUAUGAUCUUGGGCUCUAAUAGUAAGUUGAAAAAGCUUGAGGACUUGGAUCUGCCACCAAUAGUAGUAAAUGGUGUCAUAAUACCCUACGUUAACUAUACCAAGUGCUUAGGUAUUCAGCUAAGCAGAAAUCUGUCAUGGAACUACCACGUCACUCAGAUAGUUAGUAAAGUGAACUCAGCUCUGCAUUGUCUCAAAGUAAGGGAAAAUAUCUUUUCAACUCCUAUAAGGAAACUACUAGUAUCAGCAACCAUCUUACCACUCGUUGACUAUUGUUCCGUUGUAUUGGUCGACUCAACUUCUGAUAACAAUUUAAAACUACAACGUGCGAUUAACUGCUCUAUCAGAUUUAUUUUUAAUCUCAAAAAAGAUGAGCACAUUACACCUUUCAGACAUGAGCUGGGAUGGUUGUCUGUAAAGUAUCGCCGAAUGUACUACAUAAGCUGUUAUUUUUACAAGUUACUUCAAGUUGAAAAGCUCAAGUACUUACGAGAGCUAUUCAUUGAAGACAUUGAUGUUAGACGUUCCAGUAGGCUAGCAGCUAAAAAACAUACUUCCUUCAAGAUACCUCAUUUUGCUACCACCUAUAUGGAACACUCCUUCUUGAUCUCCGUAAUUCGUCUGUGGGAAGAACUACCAGAAGAAAUCGUAAACUCAAGUAGCAGUGAAGUCUUCAAAAAUAAAGUUUUUGACUAUUCACUAAAUUUAGACAGUUGA